AUGUGUGAGGUAACAGGUCAGGGAUAUGGUUUCAUCAAUAUAAAACAUGGUGAACUGUACAAGAUGUUAGCCAGUACUUAUUCCCUUACAGAGAAUCAAUCUUGGGUAAGUGAAUCAAACAGGGUAUCUCAGAUAUCAUUAUCUCAUAAGACUCUUUCUCAGAGUCAACCUGGUUCAAGUACACUGACUACAGAAAUUCUUACAGCAGUUUGUAGGGCCAUUGAAUCCUACCUGAGUCAGAGUGAGAAGUAUGAGUACAUAGGGGAGAAAGAUCAUAAUGAGAAUCCAAUGUCCUCAUACCCACUGGGAACCAUUAGUCUACAUUGGAGCAGUCAUGGGACCAGUGUAUGGUUACGAAUUGGUGCCCCCAUCUGUACAACAGACAUAGAUCUCUCUUUCGCAGUGGAGAACAUGAGUUUGACACACAGAAGGUGUGUUAUGGUUGGUGAGAAGGGUGUGACAUGUUUCGUGUGUAUUGAUAGAGCUGCUCACUGGACUGAAUCACUUAUACAUCAAGGACUCCAAGAUGAUACAAAUACACGCACGUUAUCAACAAAUCACCAUCAUCUAUUCCUGACAUUAAAAUAUAUCAAACAUCUGAUUGAAACUAAUCUCAAAAUAAAAACAAUUUCUUCUUCAUAUUCAUACAAAAUGUUACUUCACCAACAUCAAAGAGGUUGUCAGAAUGAGAACGUUGGACAGUGCUUUGAGGACAUAGUGAACAGGUUCUACACAUAUGAGAAACAAAAUAUUGAUACGAUUGAAACCAAUACAUACACUACUCAUUGGUUGAAGGAAAUACCAGACAUAAAUUACCCUAAGAGGAUGAUAAAACUGUAUAACUUUGUUGAUUGUGCUGCCCUGCUGUGGAUCAUGCAGCAUGUGAAACACACCACUGAGACAUCCUGGUGGAACAUGUUGCUUAAUGAAGACCUUAAACCAGAGGACAUCAAAGAAGGCCACAUGCUUUAUUCCUUGCUAGACAUAUUACAACAAGUCGAUGCAUUUGGGGAUAAUAUUGUUCUCAAGAAAGGUUCUGUGCUUGAUGUGGAGUGGCUUCAUGAGGACAACACUAAGACAAUAUACAGAUGGAUCAAAAACUGGGACUCAGAUUUAGAUUCAGAUUCACUCUAUACACAAGAUUCUGAUUAUGAGUAGGAUAAAUAUACAACACUUUACAGUAAAACCUGCCUUAGUGAGCACCUCUCUCUAGUGAACACCUGUCUCUAGUAGACACUCUUCCUCUGCAUUAACUCUACUGAUUUCUGAAUUGAUUGUCAUUACUGUAGUGAACACAUGGCUCAAUGGGUGUUCACUAUACACAGGUUUUACUAUACUGUACAAUUCAAAGAAUAUGUCUUAAGAAACACUAUAACACUUGUUUUAUAUAAAAUAUUCAUAAUUCAAGAUAUUCCCAUUUAAAUUUCUGGAAAUAUGUGAGUAAAUUCAGAUUCCGAUGUACAGUGAAACCUGUAAAGUAGAACACCUCUGUUAGUGGAACACUUCAGAGUCCCAAGACCAACUGAUUUAAUGUUAAAUGAACCCCUAUGAGUGGAACAUCUCCCAAGUGGAACAGUUUUUAGAGGUAGCAAAGGCGUUCAACUUAAACAGGUUUUGCUGCAUUCUUUUUGAUGUGUGUAAAUUCACAUUUCGAUGUAUUCAUUUUGAAAGAUAAUUACAAACAAAAUUAUUGUAUUGAAAGGACAUGCAAUUUAACACUGAAUUGUUGAUUUAGAGCCAAGAUAGCAUUUUAUAGUUUUCAAUUGGCCUAUGUAGUCCAUCCUUCAAGAUCAGCAACACAAGAGUGACAACAUGUAAUUUAUAACUCAGCAUGCCCAAAACCAAUCAGAUAUUGGCCCCAAUCUGCUCUGGAUGGACAGAUGUACAGCUUAUUAACAUUCAAAUUUCAAUUCUUUUGCCAAUUUUUGGAGGCCAUUCCAUAUAUGGAGAUUGAACAGUAUAUGAAUAUCAUGAGAGACUUGCUAGUUUUAUAUAAUAGCCAGGCCACAGCAAAAGGGGUCUUAUCACAGAUUUUUUCAAUAUUUUGAUUUUUUGUUUAUCUUAAAAAGCACAAAGAGACCUUUCAAAUGAGCCAUGGCUUAUGUCUUAACAAUUUUUCUUGC